UCAGGUCUUCUCGAGCAAGCAAGCAAAGUGUGAAUAUCAUGGCGUCGAUUUCGGCAACACUACUCUUAAAUUCUACAUCCCUUUCACCUCUGAGCUUCCCGAGAUUCUCGGGAUUUUCUUCUCCGUCUCCGUUCGCUAGAUCCCACCGAUUAACACAUCGUAAUCUGGAAUCCUCUUCUAACGGAACUCUAAGCAGAGCCGACGGUGGUGCUAUGUCGGCGGCGACAUCGAUGCAAGGAGCGGUGACGGAGGCGAUGAGACUGAUCCAGACGGCGUCUCCCACGUGGAAAUCCGCCGUGGCUAACAAUCUGUUGAUAUUCGUUCUCGGGUCGCCGCUUCUCGUCACCGGAUUGUCAGCUUCCGGGAUCGCCGCGGCGUUCUUGCUCGGAACUUUGACUUGGAGGGCUUAUGGCUCUGCUGGGUUCCUCUUAGUCGCUGCUUACUUCGUCAUUGGAACAGCGGCAACAAAGGUUAAGAUGUCCGAGAAGGAAGCGGAAGGCGUGGCUGAGAAGAAGAAAGGUAGAAGAGGACCGCGCAGCGUGAUUGGUUCAAGUGCUGCUGGUUGUGUCUGUGCUUUUCUUUCGAUAUAUCAAGUGGGAGGAUCAGCUUUUUCUCAGCUUUUCCGCCUUGGUUUCGUUUCCAGCUUCUGCACUAAAGUCUCCGACACCGUCUCGAGCGAGAUAGGGAAAGCUUAUGGAAAAACUACGUAUUUAGCCACAACAUUUAAGAUAGUGCCAAGAGGAACGGAGGGAGCUAUGAGUGUUGAAGGAACAUUGGCUGGGCUUCUAGCAUCAUUUUUUCUUGCCUCUGUUGGCUGUUUCCUGGGUCAGAUAACUCCACCAGAAGCAGCUGUAUGUGUACUAGCUUCCCAGAUUGCCAACCUUGGAGAAAGCAUUAUAGGCGCAUCUUUUCAAGACAAAGAAGGAUUCAAAUGGCUAAACAAUGAUGUAGUGAACGUGAUCAACAUAAGCUUGGGAAGCAUUGUGGCGAUAUUGAUGCAGCAGUUUAUACUCCAGAACUGGGUCAAGUAAAACCUGUCAUAGUGGUCUCAUGGGAGUCUCAAUGAGGUUAAGAUUAUUAGAUGUGAACAGUCGCAUGUAAAUACAUUAUGCUAUGUAACAAUUAGUCCCACAACAUGUUGAACUCUAUUCGCCUUUGAUAUAUUAUCUAGUAGAUGAAAAGGAGGCUCAAAAUCUCUCUUGAUCA